GAUUAAAAAUGUAUUAUUUUAUUUAGAAUCUAUAUAAUAAAUAAGCAUUUUUUUAAAAUAAUAUAAUCUAGGGUUAGAUCUAGAUAUCAUAUAAAAUAAUUAAAUCAUAUUUCUCUGUGCUUAAUUAUAGAUCUAAUUAUACUAAGACAAGUAUAUAGACUAGUAUAGUGCGUGACAGACCUAUUAUUCUAGUUCUAAAUUUAAAUCUAGAUCUACCUAGUAUUAAGUAACCUAUUCAAGGCUUUUGAUAAGGAUGUUAAGUUAGAUAAAAAUAACUUCUAUAGCACUAUAAGAAACAUUCCUGUUAACAUAAGUCAAGUGAAAGAAGGAAGUUAGACUAAAAUAAAGAUUUAAGAUCUAUGUCCUAGAAUUUGAGUGAUCAGUGCAGGUCUAGAUCUAGAUCUGUACUGUUAUGACAUGUUGAGAAGGAUAGCACAUUCUAAAUAAAUUUUUAUCUUCAGGGCCAGUAGAUCUUAUUUUAAUAAAUUGAAACAGACUCAAGAUUUGUAGAUCUUACUUUGAGAGUCUAGAGACUCUUAUAUCAAGAACUAUUAGUAUUGAAAAUAAUGAUGAACUCUGGUUUAACAUUGACUGGUGGCAUUGUGGACAAUGUUAGAUUUGAAUCAACUGACCAUGGGAAAUCAGUUCUUGCAGGCUUACAACAUCUGCGAGAAAUGCAACAGCUUUUUGAUGUUAUACUUGUUGCAGAAAGCCGAGAAUUCCCAGCACAUAGAGUUGUUUUGGCUUCAUGCAGUGAUUAUUUUAGGGCAAUGUUUACUGAUGGUCUAAGAGAAUGUAAAGAAUCUAGAGUUUGUCUCAAUGGGCUCACAGCUUCAAGCAUUGCACAUUUAAUAGAUUUUGCUUAUAAUUCUACCAUAAACUUAGAUUCUGAUAAUGUACUUGAUGUUUUGUCCGGAGCUACACAUGUUCAGAUACUUCCAGUCAUCAACGCUUGUGAGAACUACUUGAAAAAUCACCUGACUCUAGAGAAUUGUGUCAACACUGCAAGAGUAGCAGAACUUUUUUCUCUAAGGCAUCUUCAGCAGCACGUUCUCAACUUUAUCUGUAGAAACUGGGCCACAUUCUCUAUGUGUUGUGAAUUUCACCAUAUCACUCCCCAGUUUCUCGUGUCCGUCUUGUCGUCAGGCUAUCCAGUCAACUGUAAAGAAAUUGAUGUAUUCAUGUCUGUUCUGAGCUGGUUUUCCUACUUCCCAGCUGAAAGACUUAGUCAGGUGGAGAAUGUUUUGCAAUGUGUAAUAUUUGAAAAUAUUUCAUCAAGUGAGUUAGAAAAUAUUCUUAACACCAAGGAGUGGAUUGAAUUGUCCGACAGCUGUCCCAAUUUGCUGGAAUCAUUACCGUCUCUUGGUAGAUUACUUAACGGGGUGACACCAGCAACAGCGUUUGAUGACACCAUCAUAAAUGUGACCAAUUACAACCCUCUAGUCAAUUCAAACAUUUCAGUGACCAGAAUAGAAUUGAAAGAAACCAACUUCAAACCUUUUAAAAAACACAAACUUCCAGGACUGAUCAAUAGCCGAGGUUUUCACUCCAACAUAAUUGUCGCUGGUGGAUUUCGUAAAGAGUCUGGAAUGACAAACAAUGUCAUGUAUUUGGACUAUUGCACAAUGUCCUUUCGGCACCUCACCAAAAUUCCCCAUCUUGACCAGAUCAAUUUUGGCAUGUGUGUAUUUCAAAACCAGCUGUAUAUUGUUGGAGGGUGUUUUAAUGAUCAUAUGCAAGAAAUUGCACACCCAUUUGGUUUUCGGUACUCACCUACAAUGGAUGAAUGGAUAAGCAUUGCUCCAAUGCAUCAGGAGAGGUGUCGAUUUCUUCUAUGUUCAACUGAAGAUCAAAUCUAUGCCAUAGGUGGAGAUCCAUUUGCCUCUGAUGCCACUUUGGAAGAUGUGGCACCUUGCGAGGUGUACAGCCCUAAAACUAACAAGUGGAAAUAUAUCACAUCUCUUCCUGGAAAUAGGUCGCAGCUGGCUGGAACCAGCUUUGGGAAGACUGUGCUUAUUUCUGGUGGCAUUCAAGAAAUUGAGGAAAAGGUUUUCAAUGACUUUUAUCUGUACAACCCUCGAACAGAUAUAUGGGAAAGAAAGGCCGACCUGUUGACCCCAAGAGCAGAUCAUUCUAUGUUUGUUUGGGAGGAAAAAGUGUAUGUCAUAGGUGGCUGGCAUCUUGAUGCUUUAACCAAUCGAAGAGUGAUGGCCACAAGCAUAGACUGCUAUGACUUUUGUACUGAUUCGUGGGAAGUGGUUGGCUCAUUAAAUACUGUACGUACUUAUGGUACCUAUACGCUAGACCAAGAUUGUAUUUAUGCCAUAGGAGGAUGGUGUGAUGGAGAUCAUGCCCAAAAAUGUAGGACUAUAGAUACUUUUGAUCUUCGCUUUCAAAAGUGGGCUCAAGGGCCAGAACAAAACAUUGCAUUAUGGGAACAUGGUUCCUGUUCGUUGUAUUUACCGAAAUUUGUGCCUACUACAUAAAUUCAUGUUAAUUUAUUUCUUUUUGUGUCCCUAUUUUAUUUGAACCUUUAAUAUUUCAAUGCCUUGAUACAUUGGUAAAAAUGAAUCUCGUAUUUAAAAUUUUUACAUUUAAAUUUUGUAACAAAUAAUGAGCUUUUGAUAUUUUUUAUAUUUAUAUUGUAGCCUAAACUUGUUUUAUUUUUUUAAUAGAGGGUAACAAAGAAUUCCUUUUGAUUUAAAAGCAAGGGUUAAUUUUCCUUCUGAAUGUGUGAUUUCUGCUUUCGGUUAUUGUUACAAUGAUUCUGAGUUCAAACCCUAUUCAUAAGCAUCUUCCCUACCCACCAUUUCAUCCCCCCCCCCUUCCAACAGAAAAAAUUGCAUUUCAGCUAUAAUAUAUCCUUUUUUUUUAAAAGAACAACUAAAAGUUAAAAUAGCAAACCUUAAAAUGUAUUAAUUCAUCACUUUAUCCCAUUAGGAUUAUAUUUUAAGGAUUUUGGAUGUGAAGAAAUUAACACACGUUACCCUUCUUUUUGUCUUUAAAAUAGAGUCUGCAUUAACUAGUCAUUACCAGCAGUUCAGAAUGUAGCUGUUCUAUAGUCCACCAUACAUUCAUAUUAACUCUGGGUCUACAUGUAGUGUUCGUCAUCAUUUAGUGAUGCUAACACUAGAAGAAGAAUAUUGUGUGCCAUCUAUUUAAUUUGCUUAAUUUAUACUUCCAUAACAUUUGAAACUUGUGCGGUUUUAUUUUUUGUAGCAUUGCAAUGACAACACACAUCUGACUAGAACUUGCAGACUUUUCUCUACAACACAAUGUAGUAGAUGGACUGUGUUCUCAUUCCAAACCAGGUUUAACACUGGCAUUGUUUGGUCUGGUAAACAUUGGUGAACACAAGUUUCCUUUUGCAUUUAAAAUUGUAAAUGUGUUAAACACUUUUUAUUUAUUGUGUAACAUGCACUUAGCUGCAUUUGUUCUUCAUCUCUGUUUAUGUGACUUAUGGUGCUUAUCAUUCAUUACAUUUGAAUUCCAUCCAUUGUCUAUUUAUUUCAUCACUCAUUUACCCAUGAGUCUCAGUCAUCCAAGUCAACUUACAUUUUUUAAUCCGAUCCAAUUUUUUUUUAGCUGUAGAAAUUAUUUAUUUGUAAAACAAGUUGCUAAAGUCACUUGCAGUCAACAAAUAUUGAUUUGAUAAGAUAUAAGAAAUUUGUUAUAAUGUUUUUACCAUUCAACAAGAUUUGACUCAACCAUUUAUAUUUUAAAUUCCCAAGAUUAAAAAUAUCUAGAACCUAAAUUUGACAUGUCUAUGGUACUAUAUUUAGCACAAACAUUCCAAAUACACUUGACAGUGUUUUUAUAAGAUAAGAUCAGUUAAAAAAAAAAAAGAAUAUUUAUAGAAGCAUUAUAAUUAUAUUGAUUAAUGCAUCAGACUAUUUUAUUUGCUUGUUUUUUUGUUUGUGUUUUAACAUGACAAAAUAUGAAGAUCUCUGCUUUUUACUUAUUGAAGUUUAGAUUUAUGGUUUAAAAUAUAAAUGUAUAUUUGAAAGACGCAAUGUGUGUGUGAGAGAGAAGAAUUUCUUUAUUUAGUUUUUACAUUUCUUAUGAUGACCAGAAAAAAAUAUCAACAACAUUGUGUAAGAAAAGUGACCAGAUGAAACAUCAACAAUAGGUUCAAUGAAAAGCAAACAAAAUUUUAUAGUUUGAAUAAAUAUAUUAGACAAUGAUU